CCAGCAAAUUUUACCAGCGAACAGUUCAGAUUGUUUGGCAAAAGUUUUCUGAAUUCAAUUACACAAUUGACAUGUUAUUUCAAUCGGUGCUGAUUGCCUGCAUUCUGGCAGCAGUGGAAUCCAACUCAGUCGAGGACUCAUUCAAGGCGCAUGGCGUUGUGCCCGAUGUGGUGCCACAUGCCCCAAGCCAGUUGCUUAAGGUCACCUAUGAGAAUGGACUCGUUGCCAAGGAGGGCGUGGUGCUCACACCCACACAGGUGAAGUCACAACCCUUGGUCGAGUGGGAAGCGCAGCCAGAUGAAUACUAUUCGCUCAUCAUGACCGAUCCGGAUGCGCCCAGUCGCGCUGAGCCCAAGUUCCGUGAGUUCAAGCAUUGGGUUGUUGUCAAUAUACCCGGCAACGAUGUGGCCAGUGGCGAGGUCCUUGCCGACUAUGUGGGCUCGGGUCCGCCCAAGGAUACGGGACUCCAUCGAUAUGUUUUGCUCCUCUACAAGCAGCCGGGCAAGCUGCAGUUUGAAGGUACUCGCGUCAGCAACAAAUCCCGUCGCAGUCGACCCAAAUUCCAUGUGGCCAAAUUUGCCGAGCAUCAUCAGUUGGGCGAGGUCGUCGCUGGCACAUUCUACCAGGCGGAAUAUGAUGAUUAUGUGCCCAUUUUGCACCAGCAGCUGUCCGAGAAUUAAGUUUUACAUUUGUGAAUUUAUGCAAAAUUACAAUUUGGUUUUUA